AUAAACUGUGAAUGUUUACAAGCAUAAAAAUUUACGUAUUCGUGUUGCUUUUCAAGGAGUUUUAAAGUUAGUAGAAAUUUAAUGUAAUAUAACAUGGCGCCGGUAGACAAUUCACCAAGAGAAAACAUGGGAGCGUUUGAUUUUAUAUAUUCGAUAAGAGUAAAUGAUACAAUACCGGUACACAUUUACAAAUCUAGAGAUACUGGAAUUACGGUUUGUAUAGCGGACGUUGAAGGACCUGUUGUAAAUGGUUACUUGUGUCUCGCUACUGAAGCGCAUGAUGAUGAUGGAUUACCACACACAUUGGAACACCUUGUUUUCCUGGGCAGUGAGGACUAUCCGUACAAAGGUGUUUUAGAUCUAUUGGCUAAUAGGUGCUUGGCAUCAGGUACCAAUGCUGCAACACAAGUUGAUUGUACUUUUUAUACUAUGACAACUGCUGGAAGUGAAGGAUUUUUAUCUUUAAUGCCCAUAUAUUUAGAUCAUAUACUUUAUCCAACACUCACGGAUGCAGGUUUCCUUACUGAAGUACAUCAUAUUAAUGGUGAAGGGGAAAAUGCAGGUGUGGUCUAUUGUGAAAUGCAAGGAAAAGAAAAUAUAGGAGAAUAUAUGGUAUACGUAGAACUGUUUAGAGCAAUGUUCCCUGGACGAUGCGGUUACAAAUCUAUUGUUGGAGGAGCAUUGAAAAAUCUAAGAGAAAGUACUACUAAUGAAAAGGUUAGGCAAUACCAUCAAGAAUUUUAUAGGCCUGAGAAUUUGACAAUAGUAAUCACUGGCCAAGUGAAACAUGCAGAUGUGUUCAAAGCGUUACAAAUUAUAGAAAAGAAAAUAAUAUCAAAAGGAAAUAGAGGUUUCUUUAAAAGACCUUGGCAGGAUCCUGUACCACCCCUCACUGAAAGUAUAGAUUUAGACGUGUAUUAUCCUUGUGAUGAUGAAGAUAAUGGAGUAGUAGAUGUUGCUUGGAGAGGAUCGUCUCCUAUUACCAAUAUGUAUGAGCUUAUCGGUUGUACAUUACUUUUAAAAUAUCUCACGGAUACAUCAGUUAGUCCACUGCAGAAAGAAUUUGUUGAAAUUGAUGAUGCAUAUGCCAGUAAUGUUGGCUAUUCUUAUUGUGCAUAUACAGUAUCUGUACUAUACCUUGCAUUUGAAAGUGUACCAAAAUCAAAAAUUCCUCUGGUAAAAGAUCAACUGUUAAAAGUAUUAAAUGAUGUGCAUAAGAAAGGUAUUGAUAUGAAACGAAUGAAGACAGUUGUUCAUAGACAUAUCCUUGAAGAUUUGAGUAGUUUAGAAAGUGAACCGCAUGAGACAAUUGCAUAUAUGCUUUUUGGAUAUGCACUUUAUGGUAAUACUAAAGAAGAUUUGGAUCAGAGGACCAAUCAGGUACAAGCUCUUAAAAAAUUAGAAACUGAACCUGAAUCUUACUGGUUAAAUUUGUUAAAAACAUAUCUUCUUGAGUCUCCAUUUGUAUUAGUUAAAGGAAUUCCCAGUUUGAAAAAAAGACACGAAUUAACUGAGAAAGAGAAAGACCGAGUGGCUAAACAAAUUGAAAAUUUAAGCAAAGAGGAGCUCCAAGAGAAAGAAAAAGAACUGCAAGAAGCAGUUGCUAAAAAUGAUAUACCAGUACCAGAUGAAAUAUUAAGUUCUGUUCCUAUCCCAUCUACUCAUCUUAUCAAUUUCCACUACAUCAAGAGUUAUACAACAGAAAGCAGUAAGCAACAUUCCAGAUUUGAUGUAUCAAAGUUGCCAUUUUAUACAUAUUUGGAUCACGUUAAUACAAACUUUGUUUAUAUGUUUGUUAUUAUGAAUACUUCAGAUAUUAAAAAAGAAUAUAAACUUUAUAUUCCUUUAUUAUUGGAAAUAAUAAUGGAGUGUCCAGUAAUGAGGAAUAGUCAACUCAUUCCAUAUGAAGAAGUUGUAGCUGAAUUGGAAGCAGAUACCAUAAGUAAUGAUACUAAUCUCGGAGUUUCUAAUUCUUCGAGGUUUUCAUGUGGAAUAUACAGUUAUACUGCUCUGUUAAUACUUCAUCUUGAAAUGGAAAAAUAUGAGAAGGGUGUACAAUGGAUUAAAGAACUUUUAUACGAAACUAAAUUAACUCCAGAUAGAUUAAAAAUUACAGCUGCAAAAAUGGUAAACGAUGUCGCCCAAUUUAAAAGACAAGGGAAUAAAAUUGUGAAUGAUUUAAUGGAAGGACUGAUAUAUAAUAAAGAGAGCAAUCCUUGUAUAUCUAACAUGUUACGGCAACAGAAAUUUCUUAAUCAUGUUUUGGAACGCUUAUGUGAUGAAACAGACCAGAAAAAAGUUAUUUCAGAAAUUGAAUCUGUUAGAGAAGUGUUAACAACACCUAAAAAUAUGGUAUUGUACAUGGCAACUAAUGUGGAUAAAUUAACUGCUCAAGUACCAAAUGUUUAUAGCCCAUGGAAUACAUACUUUUCUACAUUUGGUACAUCAAACAAGACUAAACUUGAAGCCAUUCCUGAUUCAGCAUUCAUAAAUUCUCCAGAUGAGAUUCCAUUGAAAGGUUGCGUUACAGGACUAGGUUCCAUAGAAUCUUCCUAUUUAUGUCAGAGCUGCUCAUGUAUAAAUGAUUAUCAUAGUCCAGAUUUAGCCCCUUUGCUUGUUUGUAUACAAUAUUUAACUCAAUUAGAGGGCCCUAUGUGGAGACUUAUUAGAGGUCAGGGUCUAUCUUAUGGGUAUCAUAUUUAUACCAAACCAAAUGAAGGCCUGUUAUAUUUAUCAUUUUAUAAAUCCACAAAUAUUGUAGCAGCAUACAAAGAAGCAAAAUCGAUUGUAGAGAUUCAUAUUUGUGAAAAUAAAUGGGAAAGAUUACUUUUUGAAUCAGCAAAAUCUUGUUUAAUAUUUGAAAUUAUUGAGAAAGAGCAGAGUGUUGGAGACGUAGUACAACAGUCAUUAUUGUCUUAUUUUAAAAAUGUACCACAUGAUUAUACUCAACAAAUGGUACAACGUGUAUCUGAAGUAACAAUUGAGGAUAUGAGUCGUAUAGCAUCUCAAUAUUUAAAACCAUUAUUUGAUCCAGAACAAUGUAAAACAACUAUUGUAUGUCAUCCAUCUAAAGUACCAGAAAUUGUUGAUGCAUUUAAAACACUCAAUCACGAUCUUAAAUCAUACACUACUCUUGAAGAAAGUUACCUAAAUGAUUGGUAAAUUUUAAAUAUAUUAAAAAGGCAUGCCUCUGAAGUUCGACAAACAUAUACUAUAAUGGUUCUGUUCAAAACACAGCUUCAAAACGAAUUUAAGCACAUUUGCUACUCAUUUAAAAAAUGCUUGCUGAUUUGCCUUUAUGGAUCAAUAUUGCUAUAAAGAAACUAACAAGAUUUAGUCAAGAUAUAUACUUCUAUAAAUACUAAAUAAUUAUACAGUAUAUUUGUGUAUGUUUUAUUAUCCCUUAUACAUGUUGUUACUUAAAAUACAGUUUUUUCUUUUUGUGAAUUGCCUAAAAUACAGUAAAUUUAGUUCCAAUCAUUAUUAAUAUAGGAAUUAUGAUACUAAAAUGUUUUCUACUUCUAAUGCUGAUACACCUUUUUGUUUCUUUGGUAAAUAAACUCCGCCAAACACUUGUAAACCAAGCAUUGUAAUGUUUGUAGUGUCUAAUGGUUCUGCAUCAGGUACUUCUCGUCCACGAUAAUAUGGUUUAAAAUUUAUCAAAGGCAAUGUUACAAUUGAAAAGUCAAUAUCUGACAUUGGUGCC